AUGCUACUUUGCCCGAGCCUUGUUGACGAGGCUGCUAGCGCGCGACCAACCCCCGCAGUUAAAUAUCAGAAAGUCUCGCACCCUCGUCUCUUCUUCCCCCGCACGAUCUGCUCUUCCACUCCUCACUACCCCGCACAUCACAAACGCUCACUCGCCCCGACCCCAGCCGGCAGCCGCACCCUUCCUAUCCAAACUUCUCUCCGCUUCGACCGACGCGACGCGAUGAAGAGCGCCACCCCCUCGACGACGACGGUGGGACCCGACUCAAACGAUGGAAACUACAUGAAGGACCCCGAUGUCGAGGCUGUUCCCGCUGGACGCUUCGGCGCCAGAGAUGGCAUGCCUGCCAUGGAGGUCAAGGAGAAGAACGACGCCAAUGUCACGGUCGAGGCCGCUGGAACGCACAAGUCGUUCAAGCAGAUGAACGAGAUCGAGCGCACUGGUUACCUCUCUGACAUGGUCGAGACCGGCGAGAAGAAGUACCACAAGCUCGGUUGGGUGCAGCUCGUCGUUGUGCUGAUCGUCGAGGCCAUUGCCCUCGGUUCGCUUUCUCUUCCCAAAGCCUUUGCAUCUCUCGGCAUGGUUGCGGGUACUAUCAUUACCGUCGGAAUUGGCUUCGUUGCGAUCUACACCUCUUAUGUUGUUGGCCAGGUGAAGCUCAAGUAUCCCCAGGUCACGCACUACAGUGAUGUCGCGCCUCUUCUUGUCGGCCCCCGCUGGGGACCGCUGCUCCAGUGGAUCAUCGGCGCUGCGUUCUGGCUCUACUUGGUCCUGCUUGUCGGCUCGCACUGUCUGACGGGAACCAUUGCAUUCAAGACGAUCACGCACGCUCACGUCUGCACUCUUGUCUGGGGUGUCGUCUCGAUGGUUCUCCUGUUCAUCUGUGCGCUUCCGCCCUCCUUCGCUGAGAUGGCCAUUCUCGGCUACAUCGACUUUGUCUCCAUCUGCGCUGCCAUUCUGAUUACCCUCAUCGCCACUGGUAUCCGCGCCCACAACGAGCCCGGAGGCUUUGCUGCCGUUGACUGGACUGCCGGCGCUCACCCGGGUACCACGUUCGCCGACGCCAUGGUCGCUGUCACCAACAUCGUGUUCGCGUACUCUUUCGCCAUCUGCCAGUUCUCGUUCAUGGAGGAGAUGCACACUCCGUCCGACUUCCCCAAGUCGGUUUGGGUGCUCGGCAUCACCGAGAUCAUCAUCUAUACCUGCACCGGUGCUAUCGGCUACGCCUUCGUCGGAAACAAGGUCCAGUCUCCCGCCCUCCUGUCGGCCGGCGACACCGUCUCUCGCAUCGCUUUCGGUGUUGCGCUUCCCGUCAUCUUCAUUUCCGGUUCGAUCAACACGGUUACCGCCGGCCGCUACGUCAUGGACAAGUUCUUCAAGCACUCGACGAUCCGCUACGUCGCGACGCCUAAGGGCUGGGCUGUGUGGAUCACUAUGGUCGCUGUCAUCAGCAUCAUCGCCUUUGUCGUUGCUGAGGCGAUUCCCUUCUUCUCCGACCUGCUCUCCAUCAUUUCGGCCCUGUUCAUUUCUGGCUUCUCGUUCUACCUUCCGGGUAUCAUGUGGUUCGUCCUCAUUCGCCAGGGCGGCUGCUUCUCGAGCGCGAAGAACACCAUCCUCACCUUCAUGAACAUCGGUUGCAUCAUCAUCGGUCUUGUCUGUCUCGGAUGCGGUACUUACGCCGCCGUCUGGGACAUCAAGCUGUCGUUCGACAACCACACUCUCAGUGGCGCCUACUCGUGCAACUAA